UGGGGAGCUCAGAGGCUGACAAAGUGGUAUAUACUAAUGUACAAGUGUCAGGAUGAGAACAGGGGGGGCGGUAUUGAGUUGAGCGCUGUGAAAUACACCCAUGCAAAGCAAGGCAGUGGUAGAAUACAGAGAAAGCUGUAAGUGUGCUUGGUAUUCUUUUAUUUGGGCAGCUUUCUCCCAUCACCAAUUCGCUUGGACCUGUGCAGCUCUCUUUAUCCGCUAACAGGCACCGAAUAUAUGGCGCUCUAAAAGUGUCAAAGCAGCUCCUUUCUCUCCUCUGAAUGGGGCGACACGUGGAAAAGCUGCUUCUCAGUGAGAGGCUUGCUCCUCAGCCAGAUACAUUGCACUAUCACACAGCCUCUCUUUUUUCUUCUUCUUCUUUCUCCCCCCUCUCAAAGCCCGAUCCGUUUCUCCUCAGGGGCAAUGACUGCCUCCAUUAAUGAUUCACGGACUCAAAUAAAAGGGGAUUUAAGUUGACGUUGCGUCACGUGAGCAGGGCGCAUAAUACCGCGCGGUGUUAUGGCACUGGAACGAAAACCGGAGCACCGGUCUGGCCAUAUGAUGCAGAUUAUAUGCUGGUUACCCCUACUUUCCAGGAAAGGAGCCCUUGCUUUGUAGUUUUUUUUCUUUCUUUUUUUUUUUGUAUAUAAAAAAAAAGGAAAGAAAGAAACUCGAUUCAAGCCGAGCAGAAGAGGAGAGGAUCCCUGGGUUUUGUGGAUGUAUUCUGUUGUCACAGACGGAUAUGUGUUUUUGUUUUUUGUUUUUUUACCACACGGACGGGAGUCGGAGCCCGAGCUUUGGGAGGAUGGAUUUUAUUUUGAGAAAUCCGGCCGAGUAGCUUCAGACGCAGUCUCGGAAACACCCUGAGCUGCCUUUGGUUCACCCAAGGAGGCCAUUGGCGGAGAGGCGUCACGUGACCACGGGGUGCCAAUGUUAUUCUACGAGGGUGUCAAGACCCUGUCAGUUUCUGAAAUAAAUAUUGGGAAACGGCGAGAUGCAAAAGGCGACCUACUACGACAGCUCCGCAAUUUACAGUGGCUACCCGUAUCAAAGCGCAAAUGGUUUCGGUUAUGAUGCCAAUCAGGUCCAAUAUCCCAGGGCUUCUCAUGUGGAAAGCGAGUACCAUCGACCCGCCUGCUCCCUGCAGUCUCCCGGUGGCGGCUCAGUGGCUCUGCAGAAGCCGGGGGAGAUGGUGGCGGAGGGCUGCGACAGGGCCAUUCAGGCAGCGCAGGCCAAGGUUCUCCCCGAAAGCAAUCAUCAAGCGCCGGUGUCAGGCCCACCCCCUCCCCCCUCACAGUCCCCAAGUGGAGUCAGCCAAGAUGCAAGCAACGGGUCCGUCCAGCCCAGUGCAGCCAAGAACGGCUCCCCGACUUCUACUACUCGCAACAAGCAGAUCUUCCCUUGGAUGAAGGAGUCCCGUCAGAACACCAAACAGAAACCUGCCAGCAGCUCCAGUUCAGUGGAGAGUUGCCCCGGAGACAAGAGUCCUCCGGGGUCAGCAGCAUCAAAGAGGGCCCGGACAGCUUACACCAGUGCGCAGCUCGUGGAGCUGGAGAAGGAGUUCCACUUCAACCGGUACCUGUGCAGGCCCAGGAGGGUGGAGAUGGCCAACCUGCUCAACCUCACGGAAAGACAGAUUAAAAUCUGGUUCCAGAACCGACGGAUGAAGUACAAAAAGGAUCAAAAGGGCGUCGGGAUGAUGCCGUCUCCCGGUGGACAGUCUCCGCGCAGCCCAGUCGGUCCUCCAUCCGGUGGGGGUGGUGGUGGAGGGAGCGGAUACCUCAACUCUAUGCAUUCUCUCGUUAACAGUGUACAAUACGAGUCACAGUCUCCAACCUCUUACAAUAAAACUCAUCAAAAUGCCUAUGGUAUGGCUACGUCAUAUCCCCCACCUCUGAGCAACUCUCUCAACAGCUGCCCACCCCCCCAGAAGAGGUACCCUGGGACGGACUCGGCCACGCCCGAGUAUGAAGCGCACCACCCACUGCACGGAAACGGCAACUACGGCGCGCACAUGCAGGGCAGCCCCGUCUAUGUCGGCGGAGGCUACAUCGACUCUGUGCCCAGCUCUGGGGCCUCGGUUUUCGGCCUCACCCACCUCCCUCACCCUCCACCUCCGUCUGGGAGCAUGGAGUACAACGGUGCGAUCACAAUGGGCAACAACGGCGGUCAGCAUCACGGAGUAUGCGAUGCGACGCCGACAUAUACAGACUUAACGCCGCACUAUUCUCAGGGAAGAAUCCAGGAAGCGCCCAAACUGACGCAUCUGUAGCAUGCGGCGCAAGCCUGGAUCACUCCGCCCCAUUGUCUCAUCCACCUCCAGACAUAUGCCCCCCCCCCUCCCUGCUUUGUUUCUGAGCCUCCUCACGGCUCCCACCUUCUCCUUUUGCCUUUUAUUUUGUUUGUUUGUGUUCUCUAUAGUUUGAUGUGUGAAGUAGCGUAGGAUAAAUAACCACGACUUGCUUGAAUUUUCCUCUAUUUGCUUGUGUCAUUGUCUCACAAAGACCUUUAUGUAAUAUAGAGUGUCUAUAGCGCCGAACGAAGGGAGACAAGAAGGGCAACAGCAUAGCAUAUGCAUAGGCUUAUUUAAUCUUUUCCUUUUGGAAACGUAUUUUAUUUUUUUCAAAAUCUCAAACAGGGUAUUAUGAACACAUGUUAUUCAUUUUCAAUGUGAAGCUGUCUGUCCUUAUUUAUCCGCAAUUGAAGAAGUAUGGUUAGCUAUUUUUGCACUUGUGUACAAAAAGAACCUUAAGAGCCAGGAGCUGGUAAUGUGAGGAGAUUACAUUUUAGAAAGAAAAAAAAAAAAAAACAGAGGGUCAUGGGCUUGCACAGCCCCCCUUUUUCCUUUUGUUUUGUUCCAUUGGACUUCUUAAAUGUUAUUUAUUUAGACUCCAAUAGUAUUAUUUGACACCCUCCCAUCUUUGUCUUCAUGGGGGAGAAGGUUGGAGAAAAAUUAGCGCCAUGUUCGCCAUAUAAUUUCAGCCAUGUCACUAGAUUGCAGGCUAAAUGUUUCAAUUUUUUUUCUAAGUAUUAUUAUGAUCAUUUGAGGAGGUGUUUUUUUUUCUUUGUAAGAGAAUGAAAAAAAGAAGUCAAUCAGUCACGGAAAAAGGGUGGAAAGAAGGACACACGUUUUUAAUUUCUUUAUUGAAUAAAAGGCAAAAACAAAUCAUAUUUUUUUUUCUUCUUCUAGAUGUCAAACAUUCCAUGCUGCUCCAGUUCGAAGAAAUGAAUAAAAGAAUUGAAGUAAAAAUCAGAUCUAUCAGUUUUAAUUUUAAAAGCCACAGACAUAGUUAUACAUUUACGAUACAAUGUACCGUUAGUUCUAACUUAACCAAAACAAAAAUAAUAAAAAGGAGUCAUCAACUUAUAAAACAAAAUGAAAAAUAGCAUCUUACUGAUGGAUUUUUUUUUUAAAUGCAAAAAAAUUAAUAUAAACACUGCAUGCUAUCAAUUGAUUUAACAAUAAAACACGUUAAAAUAGUGAAACGUUUUUAUUCAAUAAACAAGAACAACUUACAGCUAAAAUACCAAACAUUUGAUCUAUUUACUCUCAUUCUCGGGGGUGGGCUCCCUCUUUUUUUCCCCCAGCGCGUCUCUCUCAUCUGCGUGGGCACAUCCAUAAUAAUAAAAAUGUCAACCGGGUCUUCGUGGAGGGUUCUGCAAGGAGACAACAAGCCAAAUGAGAAAUCAUUUAGAAAUAAUCCGCCUAUGUGUAUAGUCAGUCAAACGCCGUGCAGAAAGGACGCGGUUUAAAAUGCAAUAAUGGGCAUUAUUUGUUCAAUCAUUCCCUGAAAUGUGUAGAUUUUGCUCCAUGAUAUCGACCAAAGCCGGCAGCAGAGGAACACAGACGGCCUAUAACAUUUUCUUUCUUUUUUAUUUUUUAUUUCCAAUGCAAAAAUAAAUUAGUAAUGUUUUGCUUUUUGAAAGCUGCAACCUAUCGUUUAUUUUUUUUAGCUAAUAAAAAAAGCAAGCUGAAAUUCCCAGUGUUGAAUUUCAAGUGGAACAGGCCAUCCAAUAAAUCCGUGCGUAAAGAUAUUUCUCCAAAACAAGCCUCUGAUAGAUUUUGUUUAAUUAUGUUUUACAACUAACUUAUUUAUUCUCCCGUUUUCUUUCUGCUCCCAUUUUGAGCUACACAUGAUUGAUAUCAGAGGGCACGAACAUUACCAGCGAUGACAUAUGGUUAGCAGGGAAACCUAGAACAAUUGAAGCAUGGUGUGGCAUGGGGGAAAAAAAGGCCAACGUUUUGAGUAUUUCUACAUCAGACACAGAAACACACAUGCACACGCGUACUCUGCAGGACACCGAUUUGACCCACAUGCGCCAUACAGGUAGAAAACAAAUACAUUGCUUUUAAACUCAAAAUUGAGUGUAUGGAGUGUUUCUCUUAGCAUUCGUGGGAAACUACUCCCUAAAUCACUGCUGCUGUAAAGAUAAGUGCAGAGGACGCACUGGGCUCCCCUAAAUGCCGCCACCCACUCCCUGUCUUGGAAACAAAGCCUGUGCGUAAUUCCAAAAUAGCCAUUCGUCUCUUCUCUUAGCAACUCCCUACUUGUCCACUUGCAAAAAUUGGAGCAUUAAAAAAAA